CCGUGACAUUUUUUAUACUUGAGUUUGACAAUAUGAGUAGAUAGUCACAUGCUCACCUUCUCGUGGCAUUAGAAAAUCACAUUUUCACCUGCCAAAAUUUCUUCCCCUGCUAAUCUCUAACGUAUUCUGGUUUGUGCAUAUAUAAGAGAGACUAAAAAACCAAACAUUAUUACAAAAACAUAAACCUUAGAACUUCAUUGUUACAUAAUAUUUAGGAUUCCUAUUAGGUUUCGCAAAUAAAUUAAUAUAUAAUAUGGCUGGAUUAGUCCAACAACAUGAUCAUGAAGAGAAGAAGAGCAUGAAAGCCUGUGUCAUAGGAGGUACAGGAUUCGUGGCAUCCCUGCUUGUUAAAUUGUUAUUGCGAAAGGGCUAUUUGGUCAAUACGACUGCUAGAGACCCUGGUGAUGAGAAGAAGAUAUCACACCUCUUAGCACUGAAAGAUCUUGGUGAGCUGAAAGUAUUUAAAGCAAAUUUAACCGAUGAAGGGAGCUUUGAUGCCGCGGUAGAAGGCUGUGAUGUUGUUUUCCUAGUCGCCACCCCUGUCAACUUUGCCUCUCAGGACCCUGAAGCAGAUAUGAUUAAGCCUGCAAUGCAAGGAGUAAUAAACGUAUUGACAGCCUGCACGAAGGCAAAGUCUGUGAAACGCGUUGUUAUGACUUCAUCUGCUGCUGCUGUUUCGAUCAAUAGUCUCACCGGGGAUGGUCUUGUGAUGAGCGAGGAGGAUUGGACUGAUGUUGAUUUCCUCUACUCCAAAAAGCCACCUCUUUGGGGCUACCCUGUGUCUAAGACACUAGCUGAAAAAGAAGCCUGGAAAUUCGCUAAGGAAAACAACCUCGAUCUCAUUACUGUGAUACCAUCUUUGAUCACUGGUGCUGCUUUCACUCCUGAUGUCCCUAGCAGCAUCGGUCUUGCUACGUGCCUGCUAACAGGAAAUGAGUCCCUUAUAAAUGGUAUGAAGGGUAUGCAGUUACUGUCUGGUUCAAUUUCGAUUACACACGUAGAAGAUGUUUGUCGUGCACACAUUUUCCUAGCAGAGAACAAAUCAGCUUCAGGGCGUUACAUCUGCUGUGCUGUUAACACUAGUGUUGUUGAUCUCGCCAAGUUCUUAAGUAACAAAUACCCUCAGUAUAAUGUUCCUACAGAUUUCGGAGAACUUCCUUCUAAGGCCAAGUUGAUCCUUUCUUCAGAGAAGCUCGUUAACGAGGGAUUCGAGUUCAAGCAUGGGAUUGGAGAGAUUUAUGACUCGACUGUGGAGUAUCUGAAGAGCAAAGAUAUAUUGAAGAAUUGAAGGGAAAAUACAGCAUCUUCUUAGUUCUAUUUUACUAGUACUUUGUUUUGGACUGGAAGUUUUUGUAUAUUUUACAAUGAUUUUCAGCUGUUUUAUCUACAAUUAUACAAUAAUCUUUUAGAACCAUUGGAAAACUCACAAAUUGCAGCAAAUUUUAUCAUCUAUUUCACUGAUAAGAGUA